AUGACGGGUCAGAUCAUGAGUCGCCAGGAUCGCCAGUUGGCGUCAGUGGAUCAUGGUUUGGGUUUGGCGUCAGAGGCAUUGCAAAAAGCAAAGGAAAAGGGCCUGAGCGCUCAGUUGAUGGACAGCUUUGAUGAAGAACGGCAGAUGGCAGAUGCAACCCGAAACGGGCGUGAGAAGGACUUGGACUUGGAGCCUGGGCAGGUGGCUCAGUUUGGAAAGAGUCGAGAGAUGGCUGGAGGCAUUUCAUGGCGUGCCAUUUGCAGCCAUACCGUCUUCCAAGAGGAAGUUCCACGAGCGAAGGCGCGUCAGCAGUUGCGAGAAGCCCAAAAUAACGAUGCCAGUCGGGGCCUUAGUGAGGAGAUGCAGCCCGACAGCGAUGCGGUGGUCAUUGUUGCCAGUGGUUUGAUCGCACUGGGUGCCUUCACUCCAGACUUCCGCGAGAGCGCUGUGAAGCCUAUCCGCUCCGAGAAGUUCUCGUUGGAGUGCCUGGGGGAACCCGUGAAGGUGAGGGCUUGGGUGGUGGCCGGACUGCCGAACGACUCCUUCAGCAUCGAGAAUGGCAUCAUCAUGGACAAGGCACGACGGUGGCCCUUACGCAUCGACCCACAAGGGCAAUCGGUGGAUCAAAAAGAUGGGGCAACCGCUGCUGGUUGUGGCGAAGUUUACGGAUGGCGACUAUCAGCGCUUGGAAGGUUGCAUCCAGUUUGGCAACCCCAUCGAAAAUGCCGAGGAGACGGAUCCGGCGGUGGAACCGGUCCUCUUGCAGACCUUCAAGGGAAGCGCGUGGGACUACAAGACCAGUUGCUGAACAUCGUGGUUGAAAAGGCAGCCCAGUGUCAUGGUGUCAUGGGGUACUUCGCUCGAUUCAAGAGCUGCUAAAGAGAAAACUGCGCAUCACAAAUCGAGAUACCACGCAUCUAUCGAUCAUUUCGAUCUAGAUAUGUAAUGAUAUCUAUGUUUUUUUUUGGUUUCCUUUACGUGUUUCCGACUUUGAAGCAUCAAAGACACUGCAGUGCCUUGGUCCAGAUCCAUCUUGCAGGAACGUCCAGAUCUGGCAGAGGAAAAGGCCAGAUUGGUCGAAGGUGAGAACAAGGAGCAAUUGGAAGUCGACUGAGAAUAAGAUCCUGGAUGUUCUCAGUUCUUCCCAGGGCAACAUCCUUGAAGAUGAAGCUGCAGUGCAGGUCAGUAGGAUCGUUGACUGAAGCCUCCGAAAGGUUCUCAGUUCUUCCCAGGGCAACAUCCUUGAAGAUGAAGCUGCAGUGCAGGUGCCGCGUUGCAAGUUUCAGUCUGAGAUGUUUGAGGCCGUCAACCGCCGAGCUCUUGGAGGGAAGCACAACUCCGAUUCAUCCGGAGACGCUUCAGUCCAUGAACAGCCUACUCUGCAGCAGGGGAAGCUGAGGAGACUCAGAUGGGCUCGUAGAGGCGUCGGCCUGUGUAGAGGCCACGGAGAUGGACUUCUUUGAAGUUUUGAUCCAGUCCCAGAUGGGGACAGAUUCUUAUCUCGCUUUUUUGAGCAGUUGAACCCUCUUUAAGUUGCAGGUGGGCAUUCUUCAUCGUGGUUUGUUCGAAUAGGUGGUGGGCGGACCUCACCAGAGACGGUUGUUGUCAGGAUAUAUUUCCGGGCAACAUGGAUGUAUUUGAAGAG